UUCAUAUAUAUAUAUAUAUAUAUAUAUCAUGUGUGAUAAUUUUAUAAGUAAAAUAAUAACAAAAUGUUUUUUAAAUGUGUGAAUUACGAGGUGUAGAGGCUACUACACUGGUAAGAGAAAUUCAAACUACAUGGACACGUUGACAGUUGCCACCUCGAGAAGUUCACUACUCUAGUUCAAAUUUCAUCUUCUUCUUCUUCAAACCACUCUGCACUUUCGUGCUUCCUCUGCAACUUCUCGUUGCUGAACCUACCACCAAAUGAAUGUAUAGGAUUAGGAAAGUGCCAUUGUUGAAAAUCCAAGCUAACUAACAAAAAAUGUUCAUUCCAUCUCCGACUAUUUUUAUUUCCUUCUUCAUCUUCGCAUUCGCUCCUGGUCUAUUGUCAGCUCUCAGCCCCGAUGGACUCUCACUCCUCGCUCUCAAAGCCGCCAUUGAAAGCGACCCAGACGGCGUUUUGGAUUCAUGGUUGGAGUCCGAUUCCACCCCGUGUCAUUGGCCUGGCGUUGUUUGCACUCACGGCCGAGUCACCGAGCUCUACCUCCCCAGUAAGCGCUUCACCGGCUACAUUCCUUCCGAACUCGGCCUCCUCGACUCGGUCAGACGACUCAGUCUCGCUAACAACAACUUCUCCAAAACCAUCCCUGCUCACAUCUUCAGCGCUACCAGUCUCGUCGCUCUGGACCUCUCUCACAACUGUCUUUCCGGCCCAAUUCCGGCCCAAAUCAAAGAUCUCAAAGCGCUUAGGCAGCUCGAUUUAUCUUCCAACCUCCUCAACGGCUCUCUCCCCGAAGCUCUCGGCGAGCUCGAAGGCCUCGUCGGAACCCUCAACUUGUCGUACAACAGGUUCUCCGGCGGAGUUCCCGCCUCGUACGGACAACUCCCGGUGCUGGUAAGCUUGGAUCUCCGGCACAACAAUCUUACCGGAAAAAUCCCUCAGGUUGGGUCGCUGGUUAACCAGGGUCCCACAGCAUUCUCGGGAAAUCCCAGUCUCUGUGGAUUUCCAUUGGAGACUGCGUGUCCAGAAGCUCAGGAUCCUAGCCUUUCCAAACACGCUCCUGCUGAAAACCCUCAGAAGCCUUCGAACCCUAACCCUAGUUCCCCAAAUCGCGGUGACGAAGAGCGAGAAGAAGAAGAGAGCGGUGUGUCGGUGACCGUACCGAUUAUCUCCGGCAUUUCGGUAGUGAUCGGGGCCGUCUUUCUCUCGGUGUGGCUAUUUCGGAGGAAAUGGAGAUGGAAUGCUGGCGAGGGCAAAACGGGAAAGAAGAAAGUUAAAAGCGAUGUUGACGAAGAGGAAGGGCAAAAGGGGAAAUUCGUGGUGAUGGACGAAGGGUUUAAUUUGGAAUUAGAAGAUUUGUUGAGGGCAUCGGCUUACGUGGUGGGAAAAAGUAGGAGUGGAAUAGUGUACAGGGUGGUGGCUGGGAGUGGGACAGGGAAAGUAUCAGGUGUGCCGGCAACAGUGGUGGCCGUCAGGCGGUUAAGUGAAGGUGAUGCCACAUGGCGGUUCAAGGAGUUUGAAUCUGAGGUAGAGGCCAUCGGUAGGGUCCACCACCCUAACAUCGUGCGGUUGAGAGCCUAUUACUAUGCAAAUGAUGAGAAACUAGUGGUUAGUGAUUUCAUUCGCAAUGGCAGCUUGUACACCGCACUUCAUGGGGUACCUUCCAAUUCUUUACCACCAUUGUCAUGGGCAACAAGGUUGAAAAUUGCUCAAGGAGCUGCUAGGGGUCUGAUGUACUUGCACGAGUGCAGUCCUCGAAAAUAUGUUCAUGGCAACAUAAAAUCAACUAAAAUCCUCCUUGACGAAGAUCUCCAACCUUACAUAUCUGGUUUCGGACUAACACGUCUCAUAUCAGGGUCUUCGAAAUUUGCUACUUCAGCAUCCAGAAAGCAGAACACAAACUUUUCCUUAGUAAACUCUGGUGUGAAAAUUUCAUCUCCAUCAACAAUCUACUUGGCACCUGAGGCUAGGCUUCCUGGAAGCAAGUUCUCUCAGAAAUGUGAUGUAUAUUCUUUUGGCAUUGUGCUCUUAGAGAUAUUAACUGGUAAACUACCAGAUGAGGGGCCAGAGAAUGAUGGCAAGGGACUAGAAAGUCUGGUCCGGAAGGCCUUCAAAGAGGAACGGCCAUUGUCUGAGAUUAUAGACCCAGCACUGAUGCAUGAGGUCCAUGCAAAGAAGCAAGUUGUUGCAGCCUUUCAUAUUGCCCUCAAUUGCACGGAACUUGACCCGGAAGUUCGUCCGAGGAUGAGGACAGUGUCUGAGAGUCUUGAUCGUAUCAAAUCACAUGGAUAAAAAGAAAACUUGGAAAAUGAUGUAAAGUAGGAGUGUUUGGAUAUAUGUUUUUGUUAGGUGCAUUGUUGUAAGGAAAUGAUUAUCUGAAGGGGUUAGGAUAGAUCUGCCUUCUAUAAGAGUAUUGCAUGGUUGAACAAUUCCGGAUAGGCAACUCUUCGAUAGGAUUGAUUUUGACUUGUUUUAGUUUUCUUUGCCUAAAAUUUCAUCAUGUAGUUGCAGCACCUACUUCUAGUGUUGUUGAAAUUUCAUGCGCCUCUAUUUUAACUAUAUAUCCAUCUUCUUUGAAAUGUGAACUGAAAUCAAGAUUCACACUGUAAAAACUUGUUAAGCUCCGUCCUGAGCAAUCAUAUCAGGGUGUAUGUGUUUUUUUGGGUGCUGAUAA